UUCAAAUUACGUAUGGUUUUGUGCGUGAUAACUUCGAGCUGUCAUCGUUCGCACUUGUCGCUUUAAGCGGCUCGGUGGAGAAGAAGCAACAGAUCGAUUCAACAUCGUGCUGCUUUGCCGAUACAACUGAUGGAAGUUGUCCGUAAAAAAACCAGCUACGUCGUGUUGUCGGCCUUGCUAAGCGCUUCGGAGCCUGGUUCCGAAAUAAAGUGUAACAAACAAUUAGCAUACAAAGAUGUCAAGUCGAACUGGCAGUACGGUCGAAUCAACCUCGGGCUAUUCCUUGAGGUGGCAUAACCACCAACUCCACAUAACAAAAGCAUUCGGAGCAUUACUGCAUGCGGAUAAUGACACUCUGGUCGACGUCACACUUGUAUGCGCGAACGGGAGCCUUGGAGCCCACAAAAUUAUUCUGAGUGCUUGCAGCCCUUUCUUCGCGAAGAUAUUCGAGAAUCACCCAUGUAAACAUCCGGUGAUCGUUCUCGAUGACUUCUCCGUCAAUGAGAUCAACAUUAUAAUGGAAUUUAUGUACCUAGGCGAAGUGAGAAUAGAACAUUCCGAUUUGCCUGGGGUCUUACAAGCAGCGAGCAGUUUGCAAAUUCGAGGAUUAACCUCGUCGGAGGUACAGCUGACGCGAAACACAUCGAGUCCCAUCUCAGCGGACUCGCUGGCCGACGAGCCGCUGACGCCCGAGGAGGAGGCGGCUCAUCAGCAGUUGCUGGCCGACGACGGAGACGACGAGGAGUUGCCGACUCCCGAGUCCGACAGGGACCUCAUCCACAGGGGACAGGACUGCAGUCGAGACACGAGCGCCUCACCACUGAUGGCGAGAAGGAAGCAGGCGCGACCGCGCAGAAGGUCGGACGACCAGCCGCAAGACCUCAGUCGGACCAAGAGCAGCGAGCGCCUCGAGGACGACUUGGACGCGGCGAUCCAAAAUCGAAAGUCGCCCUCCAACGGAUUCGUCGUAGAUCCGUCGAUUCGGAGGCCGAGCUCGCCGCGCGUCAACAGCAGUACCGAUGCCGAGACGAUCAGCGAGAAGCAGGCAUCGACGCACGAUAAACAGCAGCACACGACCGAUCAGCAGCAGCAGCAACAGCAACUCCAGCAGCAACAAGAGGAGGAGGCGGAAAAUCUCUCCAUGAAGAAGGAGCUGAAUCAAAUCUUCUCUCCGACCUUGUCGAUCGAUCUGCUGAAAACCGAGAGCGAAACGACCAACAGCCCGCGAACUUCGCCGCUGAUGGGCAACCACACGUUCAGCCCGAACGGGCCGUACAUGAACAUGCCCGUGCCCGGCAUGGCGGCGAUGUCGAGCUUGGCGCUGACGCCUCCGCACCACCCGAACAACGAGUACCUCUCGAGCCUGAGUCAGCUCGCGGCGCAGUGGCUGCCACCGAAUCAGCACAACCACAUGAGCGGAGGCGGCGUCGCCACGCCGAGACUGCCGCGACCCGACGAGGUCAAGCCACCGGCUGGCUUCCCCUUCGCCCCGUGCGGCUCGCCCAUCGGGCAUCGAUCGUUCUUGGCUGGCCAGGAGCCCGCGAUGAACGGCCUGUUUCACGGCUUGCCCAUGGAGGGCUACCAGGACGGCUUCAAGCCCGAGACGUUCCACGGCCUGUUCGCGGCGAGUCUGGGCGUGCCUCCGCCGCCGGCACCCCCGCGCAAAAAGUCGAAAAAGCAGAGAUCGUCGGAGGCCGGCGGAGGCGGAGGCGGCUCGUCGGGUCGACGCUGGUGCAGUCAGCAGCAAGUGCGCCCGCUCAACAAGCCCAAGGGCCAGCACAGCGCACCCCGAGGCGGGCCCCCGCGAUCCUGGACCAACAACGAGCUCACCGAGGCCCUCAGCGCCGUCUGGAGGAAAACCAUGACGACGUCGCAGGCCUCGCGGACCUACGGCAUACCCUACAACAGUCUGCUCAUGUACGUGAGGGGCAAGUACGGCAAGAGUCUCAAGCUCGAGCAGCUCCGACACGACUGCUCGACGAGGGAGCUCGUGCUGGCGCACAACAACAACACCAAAAGUAUGCAGGCCCCCGGCCCGAGCAAGCAGCAGCAGCAGCAACAGCAGCAGCAGAGCCUCGGGGGCCCGGGCGGUGUGACGGACGCCGAGGCGGCGGCGGCCUACUCGCACCACGCCAACAUGCCACUGCUGAGCGGUGGGGUCAGUCAGGGCUUCUACCCGGAUUUCGCCAAUUUUUCCCUGGCCGUAAACAUGGCCCAGAUGCUGCAGUCCGAGGUGGGCGGAGGACAGUCGAGCGGUGGCGGCGGCGGCGCGGCGAAUGGCGAACGACGGAUGGGUGGCGGACCGGUAGCGCUGCCACCGGGCGCCAGCCGCAGCCCCUCGCCAGCGCCCGAGCCCGAGCAACUGACCGCUGUUGAAACAGAAAUGAAGCUCUUUAAAGUCAGCGUCGUUGGCCAAAGGCCAUUAGAGACUGAAAUCGCAUUUUAG